AUGCCUGUUCUGGGGGCACAUUAUAUUGUACUUGUCAGAAAUUAGAUUUAUUCUGAAGUCUCUCUGUACAUCAAAUCAUUUUGUCUGGUGAGUGCUGGCAAAUGUUCGAUGGCAAAAGGGAAAGAACAGAUGCAGUGGAUGAAUGCUCCUAACCAUGCUGAACUCUGUCCCAGGAUGCAUAGUUCCAAUAGAUCACUGGGAGAGGGAGACAUGCGGAAAUUAUUGAAGCUCUAUCGCACAGAGAUUUCAAUGGCUGUGGAUGAUGUCUUCCCAUUACUUCAUGGACUUGCAGACUAUGAUGUUGUCACUGAAGAGAAGUUUCAGGAGACACUCCAUCUAAAGGAAAAGGAAGGCUGUCACAAAGCUUUUCAUGCCAUGUUAACAUGGCUGCUGAACCAAGACUCAGCUUCUAUCCAGGACUUCUGGAGGGUUGUUUUCAAGGAUUACAACAUGGAGAGAUACUCCAAGCUCCAGAACAUUCGAAACAGUUUUUCUAAAGGUAUGGAUCUUAACAGGCAUCGCAAGACACGGAAACUCCCAACCAGUCCCAAGGCACUGACUCAGCAGCAUAAGCCUCCUCAUGGAAAGAGGAAGGCAGUGGAAGAAAAGGACUCGCUACACCGCUCUCAGUCUCCAGCAAAGGGCGAUCCACACCUUGGUUCCCUUCCAAGGACAAAAGCAGUGAAGAAAUCAGAGAAUGUUGAAAUUCAACAUUAUCCACUUCUUACCUGUGAUACAAAGAAAUAUAUCAAAGCCGAUAGUGAAUUUUAUGCAUCCAGCAAAUUGGAAGACCCUGGAGAGAGGAAUAAAGUUUGUGAAAUGAAGCUGAGUGUGAAAGCCAAAGAAUCCCAGGUCCCUGACUAUAAUGGACACCAAAAAACAAACCUGCCAGAUGGGUGCCACACUCUAACUUUUCAAGCUGGAGAUUCAGCAACUCAACAGAGGAACGAUGAUGAAUGUGCUGUCUGCAGAGAUGGUGGGGAGCUGAUCUGCUGCGAUGGAUGUCCCAAGGCCUUUCAUCUUGCCUGCCUUGUACCACCACUGACAGAGAUUCCCAGUGGGACAUGGAGGUGUGAUUCAUGCUCACCUGGGAAGGUGAAGAAAGACAGAUGUAAGGAAGAAGAAAACAACAACAGAAAGCCACUAUCUGAAACUCAGGGUCCUGUAUAUGUGCAAAGGACAACAGAUGAUGGGCGGAGAGUACUUAUCAAAGAACCUGUGUGCACCUCUUUGAGGCAACCACUGCCUUCCGCAUCCCCAAUGCCUGCGAUUGUAUUGCCAGCUGUACAACAUGUGGGAAAUGAGAAACAACUGAAAUUGACCAUUGGCGACAAGUGUGGUGUAUGCAGGAAAGAAGGUGACAUGACUUACUGCAAUAAAUGUUUCAGGGCUUUCCACUGGCCCUGCCAUUUUCCUUCCCAUGCAGAUAAAAUCAGUGGAAUCUUGGUCUGCAAGUCCUGCUCUGGCAACUCUGCAACCAACAACUUGGAAGGAGCUGCAAACUCAACUACUUCAGCACUUUUAUCUGUGAAGGUGUUGGAAGAAUCCAUUGGGACUGAACCUGUUCUGAACAAAGAUGAGCUGGAUUCUCUCUUAGGAGAGAAUACCUUUGAUGGGAUCUUGCACUGGGCCUUCCACAACAUGACACGUCCAAUCUCUGACAACCAAGGAUUCUCAUAGGACUGUGCAUCUGGUCUUCUUUUGCUCUCCUUUUUCUCCAUCCGAUACACUAGCAUCCAAUGUGGUCUCUAUUACUGUGACAAUUAUUCAGUUAAACUAAUGCUUCAGUGCUUUCCGAUUUGAACAGACUUACUCUCUCUUCAAUAAACGUAUGAAGAAAUAUUGAUUUAUAAGAUACUCAAGUUUUUUCUCUCAUAGAAACAUCAGCAAGAAUUUCCAGAAGCAAAACACUUUUUAAUAUUUAGAUUUAUUUAUUCAAAUAGACUUACAUUUGUAAAUGUUUGUUGCAUACAGUACAAUACUCUCCAGCUAUUAAUGUUCCAAAAUAAUUUCUCAGAUAAUGUGUUUUCUGUAAAGGGUCACAGCCUUCUAUUUAAAUAGUACAUAUAAAGGUAUCAUAGGCUCUAAUUUAAUAUCUGCUUCCUCUUUGUCUACAGUCUUAUAGAAUCCUCUAUAUACAUUUUAGAUUAAUUUUACAUUGAGAUGUGAAUUUUGGUUGCCAUUCAUUAAUAAAGUUCUCUAAUAGUCCUCCUCUUAAUAGUACAGUAAUUUAUCCAUUAUCAGCAAAUCUGUAAUGUAUUUUUCCCAUUCUUCUAAGGGAGGUAUCUCCGAGGUUUUCCAAUAUCUAGCAUAUACUAUUCGAGCUACCACUGUCAUAUAAAACAAUUUUUCCGAAUUUCCUUUCUAAUUCUUCAUAAGACAUAUUCAAAAGGUACAUUUGUGAUGUCAUUUUGAAAUUUGUGUUUAACACCUUUUUGAGAUAUACAUAAAUCUGUUCCCAGUAGUUAAUUGGUUGCAAGUCCACAAUGUGUGAUAAAAUGUGCCUUUUUCUUUCCCAUAUUUCCAACAUUUGUCGGUGCAAUUGUCCAUCUUGGCUACUCUCUCUGGAGAGAUACCAUUGCAGGUGCAUUUUGUAAACACUUUCUUUUAGGUUUUGACAUGCAGUGUAUUUCAUUCAUCUCUUCCAUGUUUUUUCCCUUGGGCCAUUUUUAUCUCUUGGCCUAUGUUUUGAGCCCAUCUAACCAUCGAGUCUUUUAUGUCCUCUUCCGUGUGCCAAGUCGGUAGAUUUUUGUAUAUAUAUGAUGCUAGCUGUCUCCUGUCAUUCAUUGCUGUGAUCUCGAAAAUAAAGUAAUGAGAAGGUGUUGAUUUCUAA